AUGUCUACCUCGACUCUUCCAACUCGUCGUAUUGGUAACGACAAUGUCACUGCUCUUGGCUUCGGUGCCAUGGGAAUUGGAGGCUUAGCUUAUGGAGCUGCAGGUGACGAUGAAGGCAGGUUUAAGGUAUUGGACAAACUCGUAGAGUUGGGGUGUACCAACUGGGAUACAGCCGACAUUUAUGGAGACUCCGAAGCUCUCAUUGGAAAGUGGUUUAAAAGGACCGGAAAGCGCGACCAGAUAUUCCUGGCUACCAAGUUUGCUAUUACCCCAAGGGCUUAUAAUGUUCGACGAAGCCUAAAACAACAGUUGGAUAAAUCAUUGGGACUUCUCGGGGUCGACGCGAUUGAUCUAUACUAUGUGCAUCGAAUCGACACGACUGUUCCAAUUGAAACGACUGUAGGGGCGCUAGCCGAGUUGGUAAAAGCUGGGAAGAUCAAAUAUAUUGGCCUUUCAGAGCCAUCGCCGGCUACCUUACGUCGGGCACACAAGGUUCAUCCUAUUGCAGCGAUUCAAGUAGAGUACUCUCCAUUUGUACUAGAUAUUGAACAGAAAGGGCACCUCUUGGAUACUGCUCGCGAGCUCGGUGUUGCAGUAGUUGCCUACUCACCCCUCGGCCGCGGAAUUCUUACAGGCCAAGUUACGUCCAAUGCAGACAUUCCAGAUGACGACUUCAAAAAGCAUAUUCCCAAGUACUCCGAGGCCAACUUCCCCAAGAUCACCUCCCUUGUCAAUAAAAUCAAGGAUAUUGGGAAACGGCACGAUGCAACACCAGGGCAGGUUACACUCGCAUUCCUUCUUGCACAAGGGGAGGAUAUUAUCCCGAUCCCAGGGACGAAAAACAUCAAGUAUGCAGAAGAAAAUCUUGGCGCAUUGAAAGUCAAGUUGACCCCUGAAGACAUCAAAACGAUUCGUCAGGCUAUUACUGAGACAGAGCUAACUGGCGACCAGUAUCCUGCAGCAUAUAUGGGGCACUAUACGGAGAUACACCAGAACCGACAAAAGCAUAAGUCAUCGAAUAUUGAGGUUGAAUGA